GGAUGGAGUCCCAGCCCCCUGAGUAGUGUCAUGCUGCCCCGGGCAGAAGCAGAAUGACAUCGGUGUCGCUCGAUCGCACGGUGGAACAGGAUCAGAUGCAGGAAACUAUGCGUGUGAUCUAUUCGCGGACGCCGAGCUGCUAAAGUCAGUCUGAGUGCAGAGAAAAACCCACCGCUGGCCCUGAGCUUGAAUUCUUGAAAUUGAACGAGCUUAGUGUUGGGGGUGGUGGGGGUGGAGGGGGUGGAAAAAUAAAGGACACAUCGGUUUGAAUCGGUCAGUUUCACCAGCCCCUCGGUUUGAGAUGAUGGAGUAUGCAUACGAUGAAGACUUGGACGAACUCUGUCCCGUUUGUGGCGAUAAAGUCUCCGGCUAUCACUACGGGCUUCUCACCUGUGAGAGCUGCAAGGGGUUCUUCAAACGCACAGUUCAAAAUAACAAAAGGUACACGUGUAUAGAAAACCAGAACUGUCAGAUCGAUAAAACUCAGAGGAAAAGGUGUCCCUACUGUCGCUUUCAGAAAUGCCUGAGCGUUGGAAUGAAGUUGGAAGCUGUAAGGGCUGACCGUAUGCGUGGAGGUCGAAACAAGUUUGGGCCAAUGUACAAGAGGGACAGGGCUCUAAAACAACAGAAGAAAGCCCUGAUACGAGCAAAUGGACUUAAACUGGAAGCCAUGACUCAGGUGAUGCAGACAAUGCCAACAGACCUGACGAUAUCUUCUGCCAUUCAAAACAUCCACUCAGCCUCCAAAGGCCUACCUCUGAACCACCCUGCCUUGCCACCAACAGACUACGACAGAAGUCCAUUUGUAACGUCUCCAAUUAGCAUGGCAAUGCCAACACAUCCCAGUCUGCAAGGCUACCAAACCUAUAGUCCUUAUCAAAGCCGUACUAUCAAGUCAGAAUAUCCAGAUCCCUACACUAGCUCCCCUGAGUCUCUAAUGAGCUACCCUUACAUGGACACCUACCAGACCAACUCUCCAUCCAGUAUUCCACAUCUUAUAGUGGAACUCUUGAAGUGUGAACCAGAUGAGCCCCAGGUGCAGGCCAAGAUCCUGUCCUACCUGCACCAAGAGCAGGCGAGCAGGGGCAAACAUGAAAAGCUCAGCACUUUUGGGCUUAUGUGCAAGAUGGCAGAUCAGACCCUCUUCUCUAUUGUUGAGUGGGCACGAAGCAGCAUAUUCUUCAGAGAACUUAAGGUUGAUGACCAAAUGAAGCUUCUUCAGAACUGCUGGAGUGAGCUUUUAAUUUUAGAUCACAUUUAUAGACAAGUGGCGCAUUGGAAAGAAGGUGCUAUCCUACUUGUCACUGGGCAGCAGGUGGAUUACUCAGUAAUAGCCUCCCAGGCUGGAGUCACUCUGAAUAACCUCAUGAAUCAUGCUCAGGAACUUGUAGUGAAACUGCACUCUCUACAGCUAGACCAGCGAGAGUUUGUAUGCCUCAAGUUCCUUGUACUUUUCAGUCUAGAUGUAAAGAACUUGGAGAACUUCCACCUGGUUGAAAGUGUUCAGGAACAAGUCAACGCUGCAUUGCUGGACUAUGCUAUGUGCAACUAUCCUCAGCAGACAGACAAGUUUGGACAACUCCUACUGCGGUUACCAGAAAUCCGGGCCAUCAGCAUGCAGGCCGAAGAAUACCUCUACUACAAGCACCUAAACGGAGAUGUGCCCUGCAACAACCUUCUCAUUGAAAUGCUACAUGCCAAACGGGCUUAAAUUACAACCCCAGGGUCUUUGCAUCUUGAGCAAAAACUCAAAGCUGCACCAAGCAACUGUAAUUAAAAAGAAACAUUUCAGUGCACUAGAUGGAAAGAUAUCAGAGGACAUUGUCAUGUGAUCAGUUCAUCAUUAAACAAGUGAUGUAACAGGUAUUGCCAUGGAAUCUGAUAACCGUGAACCCAAACGCACCUGGGCUCUGUAUACGCCCCCAAAGGAAACCUCUGUGAGGCCCUUAAGGAAGUGCUUACUCAUAUGAAGUUCACCGUGUCAAAAAUGAUGAAAAUAAUAUCAUACAAUAGUUUCCACUUUGUUUAAAUUGACCACUAAUUCCAGGAAAUUUAAGAAUAAGCUGGGGAGUUGUGCACUAAUGGCAAUGCAGUCGGGGGCUUCAAGUGGACUAAGUAACCCUUAAAUUUCAAAGCAUGCAGAAUACAAAGCAAAUCUGGUAACAGUAAUGAGUAGUCACAACCUUCUCUCUCCCUCUCCUUCCCCAAAAAAACUAUGUCCCCAGUGAUCGUCGAUGUGGUUCCUGAUAGGAGAUCUAAAGGGCUAUCUGUAGUUGGCUUCACUGUCCAUUUGCUCGCUUAAAUCACAAGAGCCUAUCUAUGUGUGAGGGCUGCAGAAGCUGUGAGGAACCAUCUGUCAAGCAAUUAGUUUGACAACCGCCUUGUGUACCCAUUAGUUUUUUUUAGCCAAAGUGUACGUUAUUUGAACUAGACCAAAGCCUGCUGCAGAACAAUAAUGAGAAAGAAAAACUUACAACCAACUUGGAUUUUUUUUUUGUAAAUUUUUUUUAUUUCAUGUUCACAAUCUCUCAAUACUUAAAGAUGGCAGUAUUAAAUUUGUGAUGUCACAUUUAUGUGAGUCUUGCCUUAUUUCUUUAUCAUGCUAGCUGACUGCGCAAAUUUGAAUCUGAAUAUGGGGAAGAAUAUAAUUAAAGUAUUAAUGCCGGAAAUUCAGAAAACAAAGGUGUUUACAUUUACUAACUCCUGUGGGAAGGAACUGGGUUGACACAAAUUGCAAAGCAAUGAUUUCCUUAAUUAUGUUUCAUUGGUAAUUUUUUUUACCAGUACUUAAUUCUGUCGUGAGACACUAAAAUCAAAAAGGGAAUCUCACUAAGACAUUAAUUUUAACAGAUAGAUCUUUGGCGACAAGAUCACUAGUAGAGACUGUAUAAACAGUUAGUUCUUUUGUUUUUUUCCAGGUUUUUGGCUUUGUUACUGGAAUAGCACCAUUUAUAUUGUAUAUCAUAGUUUUCAACUGUAGACAAUUAUGUUACUAAUUUAUUUCUUCAUUGUUUCAUCUUUGUGUAAAAUGACAAAGCCAAAUAAAUGCAUUUGUUCACUGUAGCGCCUUUCAGAUAUUAGCAGCUACGGUCAGUUCAGGGACAAACGUAUCUUAAAAUAAUCACACAUUUCAUUUUUAUAUAUAUAUAUGCAUAUAUAUAUAUAAUGUGACUCUGAAAAUGUAAAAAUGAAAGGCUGUUGUAAAUGAUGUGACCCAAGGCUCCAUCUUUAGCUGAACAGGAAGAUUUAAAGUUGAAACUUUGCAUUAAAUAAAAAAAACUGUCUUGUAAACUGUAUGUUCUAUACCAAAGACGGUAGUUAGGUUAUGUUUUCUGUAUUCAGUUGUCUCACUACAGUGCAGAAUGUAAAACCGUAAUGCUUAUUUUAAUGGACACAAGCUUGGAAACAGCUUUGUCUUCUACAAAGUACAGUAAAGGCAAACUAUGCCUUAUGUCUGUACUCUUAGUUGCCAGCUCCAGGUCUUAGGAAACCACCCUUACUGAUGUCUUACAGAACAUUGUAAAGCUAAUUCUCUGUUGCAUUGUUUACAAUUAUUUUAGAGACUAUUAUAUGGGUAUAUUGCCCAGAUUUCAAUCAGAAUAGUUCUACCUUGCUAUUCCAAGGACACUGACAGGCUAAUAAAGGGCAACUCUUAUGUUGCUCAACACCAUAAGUUCAGAGCGCUGUGGUAAUCGUUUUAUCUGGCAUGCCCUGAUAGUAAAUAUAAGCAGACACAGAAAUCACAAAAUAAUGUUGAGCUUUUAAUGUUUUAUUAUUGUGCUCUUUUUGUGUGAACAGACAUUCUGUCGUGUCAGUACUUGCGAUGUAUUACUGAUGUUCUGCAACUGCCUUGGAUUUCAGACCAUUCUACUACUCGGUGUGCAGUUACUUGGUUCAUGACUCUAAAUGUACUAUAUUAAUUGGAAUGACGUACUGUCAUGUCAUUUCUUGCCAAGAGUUUCUUUACACUGAUGGAAUUUUUCAGUAUUUCAAUAAAUAAUGAUAUGCGCG